CGGACAAAACUCGCCUGACGUCAUGACCAAGGCAGGCGGUGGUCUAGCGCAGCUGCUGGUGCUGGGCGUGCUCUUCCACGCGUUGUAUGUGCUGAGCAUCUUCGACAUCUACUUCACGUCUCCCGUUGUGCCACAUAUCGAGAGUGUGAUCUACACGGACUCGCCACCAGCCAAGCGCGUCGUAGUUUUCGUGGCCGACGGUUGUAGAGCAGACAAGUUUUUCGAGACGAACACUUCGUCCAACGCCCGGGAUUCCAAUGCAGAACUACGCGUGUCUUUCCUGCGCAAUAUGAUGCAGACACAUGGCAGCUGGGGCGUCUCGCACACGCGUGUGCCUACUGAGAGCCGUCCCGGCCACGUGGCGCUCUUCGCCGGCAUGUACGAGGACGUAAGCGCCGUAACCAAAGGCUGGGCAGACAACCCUGUGGACUUCGAUUCAGUGUUCAACCAAAGCAGCUCCGCUUUUCUCUUCGGUAGUCCAGAUAUCGUCCCCAUGUUUGCUCGUCAUGUGUCACAAGCACAUGAAGAGCAUUAUUCCCACGAAGAAGAAGACUUUGCCAAGGGAGACGCAUCCGAAUUGGACGUUUGGGUCUUCCGACAUUUGCAAAAUCUACUGAUUGGGGCGAAAGAGGACACAAACCUGUAUACGAAGCUACAUAGUGACGGAGUUGUGGUGUUUUGUCACUAUUUGGGUAUCGAUUCCAAUGGCCACGCUCAUCGACCCAAUUCAAAGGACUAUUUGAACAACAUUGCACUAGUAGAUGAGCUAGUUGAGAAGACUCAUCGCAUGGUGGAGGAUUUUUACGACUACGAUGGACGUACAGCGUAUGUGUUUACUGCGGAUCACGGUAUGGGACUAAAAGGAGCUCAUGGAGACGGAGAUCCCGCGAAUACGCGGACCCCACUGGUAGUAUGGGGAGCUGGUGUCCAAGGGCCUACAACAGUAGAGAAGAAAGGGGAGUUUGAGAUUGAUCUACCGACCCAAUCUCGUGCUCAGGUUAAGGCUCAAUUACAGGCACAAGAGGAACACGAACAAGCAGCGGUUGGAGACUGGGGAGCUCUCAAAAACUUGGUGCGGAAAGAUGUGAUGCAAGCUGAUGUUGCGCCCCUUAUUAGUGCUCUGUUGGGUCUACCUUAUCCUCGUAAUUCGGUUGGGGUGCUGCCGUUCUCGUACCUCGCAAAGGGAGCGUAUCGAGCCAAUGCAGUGCGAUCAAACGCGCAGCAAUUGUACCUGCAUGCUCUGCGAAAAGAACAGGAGAAACGAUCGCGCACAUUGCUCCGCUUUGCGCCAUACGGUCCGUUCCGUGACCGUGUUCCUGAGCUCUUGAAGCAGCUAGCUGAAGCUUAUGAGACCAGUAUUCAAGGUGAUAAUUCGGAGUCGUAUGAACGCGUGGAAGUACUGAGUCAGGAGCUGAUUGAGAUCUGCUUGGCGACUCUGGAGUAUUUCCAGAGAUACGACUGGUUUUUCCUGCUUGGUAUUGUCGUGCUGGGCUAUGUUGGAUGGAUGGUGGUCGUUGGAGUGGCUUACCUGCAUCCACGAGACUUCGCUUUGAAGUGGCUGCUUGGUGCUCAUGGCAAGCAGCUGGAUAUCAAGUUGAUCGUUGUUGUAUUCGCAGCAUUCGUAUACUUAGCUCUGGAAGGCUCACCGAUCACGUACUACUUGUACCUUCUGUUUCCACUAGUUUUUGGAGUGUUUACGUGGAAUCAUAUUGACUUGAUUCAACAAGCCUGGGUGUCUGGUUCAAGUAACAAAUCCAAGUCUCAUUGGAAACGGUGGGCUGAGAUCGCGCUGAUUGUGUUAUGUCUGGAGCUUGUGGUGUUUGGAUAUGAACGUCGAGGGGUAUUUGGAGUUCUCUUUUCACUGCUCGCGUUCUGGCCGUAUGUUGGCAAUGCUACAAAUGACGAGAAUCAAAGUGGACGUUCGACAUUACCGAGUCGCUGUUGGACGAUCUCUUGUCUUCUCAUCUCAGUGUUCCCGUACUUGCCUAGUGAAUAUGGCGAGCACACUGCAUUGGUGAAUAUCGGCGGUCUGUUGACGUUGCUGUUUACUAGUGCAGUGCAGAGUACAUCAAACCAGACGAGCUGGAAGAGACCGUCAUUCAUGUUGAGUGUCUCGCCUUUGAUACUGUCGUUGAUGACUUUGCAUGGGACUAUGCAGUACCUGGACGGCGACCGAAGCAAGCCACCGUUUUCACUCACGGUAGCUAACUGGCUGCUGUCUGGAGCUCCUAUCGUGCUGCUUAUUGCGAGGUUACAACGACGCAAGAGCAGCCUAUCUCGUAUCCUGGAAACCGGUACCCACCGCCAUGAAGAUGGUUUCCAAACUGAUACUGAGUUUUACGUCAGGCGGCUUAUUGAGGUGGUGCUGGCUUUUUCUCCUUCGUUCGUACUACUGAGUAUCGCCUACGAGGUGUUAUUCUACGUGGUACUCUGCGCUGUACUCGUCAGCUGGUUACUGUUGGAAGCUCAGGCUUCAGAAGCGUCUACGUCUUCGAUGUGGCGCGAGAUUCAACGAGCAUUUGUCUUUUUGCUUCUAGUAAACAUUGCAUUCUUCGGUACGGGUAACGUGGCUAGUAUGAGCAGCUUUGAGAUCUCGUCUACCUACCGCUUCGUCACGGUGUUUGCUCCUUUCACAAUGGGCGCAUUACUGGUAGGCAAGAUCCUCAUUCCGUUCAUGGUGGUGGCCUGUACGUUCCAUCUGAUUCUACUUCUUCCAUCAGCUUCAGCAUCAGCAGAUGCGAAGAAACCUCGACUGCCUGCAACGCGCUACUUCCUUCUGGUCGUAGCCAUGUCGGACGUACUCGCACUUCACUUCUUGUUCCUGGUCAAGAAUGAAGGCAGCUGGAAGGAGAUCGGCAACUCGAUAUCAAUGUUUGGUAUUGUGAACGCGCAGAUCGUGUUCAUUCCACUGCUUUUCCUGUUGGCUGGAGCUUUCGUCCGAGAUCUGGCAAAAGUCACCGAUGCUCAAGUGUUUCACGACAAGAAACAUCAGUAGUAUAGUUACUACAUAGACGAUAGAAUGACGACGUUGACGUAAGAAUAAAAACGAAUUCAUUGACGAUACACAA